CUUGCGUCCCCCGCAACAUAUAAAAGACGUGACGAACGCAAAUUCUCCAGUUCCAUUUAAGAAUUACCCGUGCGAGCUACCCAAAAAUGAAAUUCCUCGUCUUAACCCUGUUCGUCGCGUACGCAUGCGCGGACGUAUCCCACCUUCCCCAAGCUGGGGGCGAGAAGAACGCUCAAGUUCUCCGUCAAGAGUUAGACGUGGGUGUCGACGGAGCAUACCAGUACGCUUAUGAGACUGACAACGGAAUUAAGGCCGAAGAGAGCGGCACUUUGAAAAAGAUUGACGCUGAGACCGCAGCCGAGGUUGUCCAAGGCCAGGCCAGCUGGAAGUCUCCGGAGGGUGAGACCAUCCAGCUGCAGUACGUGGCUGACGAGAACGGAUACCAGCCCCAGGGCUCCCACCUCCCCACUCCCCCGCCGAUCCCGGAGGCGAUCCUCAAGGCGCUGGAGUACAUCCGCGCCCACCCCCCACCACCGGAGUCCAGGAAGUAAACCGUCUCAAGUAGUAGUAAGUUCUAGUACAGCGUCAGCCAAGUAUUCGUAGAAUUAGAGAUGGAUCAAAGGAGGGUAGAUAAAUAUUAUUCUCUAUUGAUUCUCUUUGUGUGUUAUUUGAAUAAAUAGUUUAAAAGUUGGUAUAAGCAUCUCGCUCUUUUGUGUUGCCGUCUAUAUUCACACUGAAUGAGUGCGAGUAUAGACAGAUAUAUUUUUAGAGUGAGUACUUUUAAACUAUCUGGUCGAAUAAUAACACACAUUUAGGUUAUAUCUGUUUAACGUUUCUUGAGAGGAAUUUCUUUAAAAUCUUGAACCAUUUUUUUUUUAAUCAAGAGCUUAAUUCAAAUUUAUCGUACUGAUUAGUGCCUAUCAGACUUUAGAAAGAGAGGGAAAUUGCCUUGUUUAUCUAGGGUAGAGCGCCGUCUCUUUUGCACGCGGAACUAUUCGGACGAUCUUUCUUAUAGUUGUGUGUAAGAGAGACGACACGAUAUUCUCAGACAUGAUUGACAAAGACAGCUAAUGCUUAGCUCUUUUUAAAGCCCUUUAGGCAUAAUUACAUGACACACAUGUUAACCUGUACUGAACAUGUUUAAAAAACAUACAAUACUCGGUUAUAAUGUAAGAUACUUAAUAGAUAAGUUACUGAUGAUUUGUUUUUGAAUUGUUAUUCUGUAGAGGUGUAAAGAAGGUUGUUUUUCGCAUGUAAAAAAUAUGAAUAUUUCUACGCAGUGCCAUUAAGUGAAUAUCUUUAGUUUUAAUUUGUACUUUUGUAUAAAUAAAUUAAUGCAAUUUU